GGGCCGGUUUCCUUAGACGACGGAGUAUGUUUAUCUCUCAACUGGAGUGUAAUAUACAAAACAACCGAAAAACAUCUUAAAUAAUCCGGUUCGGGUUCUCCAAGUUGCCGUUUGCGGUGUCACCUUGAAUUCUGCCGCAAAGCUAACCAACUCUUCUCGUGCCACAUAAUUAUUAGUUCCAUUUAAUUACAAGUGUUUAUUUUUUGUUUUGUAGCAAUAACCAAUGUCUCUGUUUUUUUAAAUUUUUUUAUAGCUUUUAAAAGCUAUUGUAUCCGUUUACGCCGGAUUAAAAACAUGUCAGUAGUAUUGCGGAAUCUCCAGAAGGUGGUGCCUCUUCGCCGCGCCAGACUGCGCAAGGAUGUGGACACACUGAGGCACAUACUGGGCAUCCACAAAUUUGACCUGGGCAUCGUUUGCGUGGACAACCACAGGAUUCAGCAAAUUAAUAAGAUUUACAGAAAGAAAAACGUGCCCACGGAUGUCCUCUCGUUUCCAUUUUACGAGGACCUGAGGCCUGGCAAGAUGCCUUGCCCCUUGCAUAGAGACGAGCAUAACCUCGGGGACAUCUUCCUGGGGGUCGAGUUCGUGAUGCAGCAGUGUAAAGAGGACUCUCUGGAUCUGCACGGGACCCUCGCUGUUGUCACCGCGCAUGGCAUCUGUCACCUGUUGGGCUACAGACACGAGACGGAGGAAGAAUGGACUGAGAUGCUGCAGAAGGAAAGCUACAUUCUUAGUGAGUACAACAGACUCACGGGGAGACAUCUGGAGCCACUGAUGAAGAGAUGCAGUCAGGAUAGGUGACAGUGACGAGGACCCGCUAACUUUACACGAUUCCGUACACUGGCGCUUUACAAUCCUGACUACUCGCCACAAUCACAACCUGCAGCUAUUGCUUGGAAGGACUUCAAUCCCCCGGCAGCAGUACAUGAAAAGCAGUUUGGUGGUGGAUAACCUUUACAACACCGGACAUGGAGUGUCGUUGAAAUUAAAGUCUGUGCACUUUCA